AUGACCACCACCAGCAAGCAUGUAGACAAGCGGCGCGGGGCCCGCGGCUUGGUGGCAGCUGUCAUUGUGGCAGCAACAUUGCUGUCACAAUACGCUGGCUGGGCAUUCCUUGCUCCUGCGCAAGAACCAAGUGCGAACUCCGUCAUCUUUGAUUCACGGGCAACGCAGUUGCAUAGCGCUGAGCCUAUCCAAGAGGAGUCAGUAUUUUCCAGCCGUGUCUCAUUUCUGGUUGCCGGGGCUGCUUUGGUGGGCGGCGCUCGUGCGAUCCGUCACAGGCCGCAGCAGCAGCAACUGGCAGCUGAAGCAUCAGAGGCAGGAGCUCCACCACCGAAGCCCAAGAAGGUACGAAUCACGUCUUUUGAUUCCAUCCGCUUCUUCCUGAUUGCUUACAUUGUGUGCGGGCACUUCAUCACCUUUGCGGGGCCCAAUGAGUUUGCAUUCAAAGCGAUCUCGCAGAUCAACGUGGUUGUUGGCGCCUUCUUUGCCCUCAGCGGGUAUGUCGCCGCCUACACCACCACGGAGAACGCGGAGCGCGCUGCGAGCGCUAAGCUCCUCAACACGCCCUCACCCAAAUGGAUUCUGCAGAAGGUCUUCGGCUACUUCCCGUUACACUUGCUGGUGCUGUUGCUGUUCUCGCCAGCAUUCUUGUUUGCCGACGUUAACUUCAAUGGCUGGCCAACUGCAAUUUGGCAUGGGUUCCUUUCCGCCGGCAUGCUGCAAGCAUGGUUCCCUAUGCACGCGGAGAUUUGGAAUGCUCCUACCUGGUUCCUGUCUGCCUUGACCUUCGCCACGGCCGCGCUGCCCUUCUCGCUGCCGGUGCUGGCCAAGCAGAGCAAGGCUCAGCUCCGCCGCACUGGCCUGAUGCUGUUCGUCAUCGGUUUGUUGCCAAAGUUGGGGUAUUGCUACGACUUCCAGGCCUGGGGCAUGUUGGAGGGCGCGAUGAAUCCGAAGGCGCUGCCUAACCUGGCCAUGUUCAACAUGCAGCGAUUCAGCCCAUUCUACGCCUUGAUCGAGGUCCUUCUUGGGGCGGUGGCUUGUCGACUGGUCAUGCUGGACGGUGCAGAUGGCGAGGAAGAGGUCGCCUUGGCUGCAGCUGCUGACACCACGGCCCGCAUCCGCGCAGCUGCCGCCUCUGCCACGCCCUCGGGCCGGCGCGAGGAGAGCCCUCGGAUGCCCUGGGCCUUGGUCCCCAUGCCGCUGUGCUACUGGGACAAGGCCCAGGAGCGCUCCUUGGAGCGCAGCUCCUUGGAGCGUUCGGAGCGGGAGGAUUUGCAAACCCUGCGGCGGCACCGGGAGGAGUUGCAGAAGGAGCUGGCCGAUCUGCGGGGCCGGCUCCAGGAGCUGGAAGACACCAACAAGCGCUUGGAGCAAGCUUUGGCCGAGCGGCAGCGAGGCACACUAAACUUGGGUCGAACAUGGAAGUGA